UUCAGCCCAGAAUUGCCCACCCUGGAAGGCAGCUCCAAGGUGGCCAGAGAAUUGGGCGUUGGGUACGAACCUGGCAGCUCAGGAGUGGGCGGUCCACUCACUCCACAUAAGAAGAUGAAAAAGCGCAAAGAACUUAAUGCAUUGAUUGGCCUGGCUGGGGACAGCCGGAGAAAGAAAUCCAAAAAAGGCACAGGCCACCGCCUGCUUCGCACUGAGCCGCCUGACUCAGACUCUGAGUCCAGCUCAGAAGAAGAGGAGGAAUUUGGUGUAGUUGGAAAUCACUCUCGCUUUGUCAGAGGAGACUAUUUACGAUGCUGCAAGAUCUGUUACCCCCUCUGUGCUUUUGUUAUCCUCGCGGCCUGUGUUGUGGCUUGUGUUGGCUUGGUGUGGAUGCAGGUUGCUCUCAAGGAGGAUCUGGAUGCCCUCAAGGAAAAAUUUCGAACAAUGGAAUCUAAUCAGAAAAGCUCAUUCCAAGAAAUUCCCAAACUUAAUGAAGAACUACUCAGCAAACAAAAACAACUUGAAAAAAUUGAAUCCGGAGAGCUGGGUUUGAACAAAGUCUGGAUAAACAUCACAGAAAUGAACAAGCAGGUUAUUCUCUUGACUUCUGCAGUAAACCACCUCAAAGCCAAUGUUAAGUCAGCUUCCGACUUAAUUAGCCUGCCCGCCACUGUAGAGGGACUUCAAAAGAGUGUAGCUUCCAUUGGGAAUACUUUAAACAGUGUUCAUCUUGCUGUGGAGGCAAUACAGAAAACUGUGGAUGAACAUAAGAAAACCAUGGAAAUACUGCAGAAUGAUGUGAAUCAGCACUUCUUGAAGGAUACCAGUGGAAGCAACCAGAUCACUCCAUCCCCUUCAGUUGUAUCAGAACGUGACAAUAAAACCCACAGUGAGAAUUUGAAACAGGAUAUCCUGUACCUUCACAACUCUUUAGAGGAGGUAAACAGUGCCCUAGUGGGGUACCAGAGGCAGAAUGACCUUAAACUCGAGGGGAUGAAUGAGACAGUCAGUAAUCUUACCAACAGAGUCAACCUAAUAGAAAGCGAUCUGGUUGCUAUGAGCAAGGUAGAAAAGAGAGUGAACCUGUCCAUCAGCAUGAUGGAUGAUAGAGUAGCCACUCUGAAAAGAGAGUCUUUGGAUCAAGUGAUCAACAGAACAGAUUCACCAAAAACCCAAAGCAUUAAGAAAGAAGAUAGUUCAGAUUCUCAGGUAUACAAGCUAAGAGAAAAACUGCAGCUGAUCAGUGCUCUCACAAACAAACCUGAGAGCAACAGGCCUCCAGAGACCGCCAGUAAAGAGCAAGUACAGAGUUUUUCAUCAGAACCAUCAGCAUUGCCAAAAUUUUCAUCACUUCUUGGAGACCAAAUUGAGAAAGCUGUCCAACUAAGAUCUAUCUCCCUACCAGGAAUUUCAAGCAUUGAAGAUCUUCAGGAUUUAUUCCAAAAGACUGGCCAGGGCAUGGAUGGGAAGCUGACAUACCAGGAAAUCUGGAACUCCCUAGGUUCUGCUGUGCCAGAACCAAAGAACUUGAGAGUGUUUGAUUCCGAUGGAGAUGGAAGAUACUCAUUCCUGGAGCUAAGAGUAGCAUUAGGUGUCUAGCCUCAUCAGGCAUAUUUUGGAUAUGAUUAUAUGUGCUGAACUACCUAAUAGCUACUCACCUAACAAACAACAACUUUGAAACAUCCCAUCAAUUAAUUCUCCAGUCCUCUAAACUACUGUAGCAGACACAUUGUCACCUUUUACCUUGUGUGAAGACGCUAUAUAAAAGUUAUUUUUUUAAAAAGAAAAGAUCAUUCUACUUAUAUUCAGAAACCUCAGAUUUCCUGAAACCUGUAAGGUCUUACCUUUUAAAUAUGCCA